UCGAGAGGUGCCUACUUUUGCUUUGUUGACGAAUUCAAAAAAUAUACGCAGUUUUCAUUCUGUUCGCGAGUUUAUCGCUUGUCUGCUCGUUCAGUAGCUUUGAACAAAAAAAAAGUUAAAGAAGAAAAAGAGUAUCCUGUUGCCGUUUGUUCGUUGUCUUUGUUAAAAUUUGUGUACAUUUUCUCCCAAAAAGACCAAUAAAAUUCAAUUAAAUUAUUGACUACCCAAUUUUGAAUUGAAUUUCAUUUGGAAAUUCCAUAAAAAAAACGGUACAUUUAAAUACAAAGAAAAGAAGGAAAAAAAACAUCUGUAAAGUUAUCUCUAUUUUACAGUAAUUUGUUCUCCCUAUUUACCGUGUGAAAAAGUGCAAUUUUUCAUUAAAAACGCAAAAGCAAAAACAACACAUUUUUCAUAUUUAUUUACGUUUUUCAUUUCUCUUUAUCGAAAAAACCCCAACACCACCAACCCGCCCCCUUUUGGUCAGUCGGUGUAACCCUUUAUUGGAAUAAAUUCCGAUUGCAAUUUGUUUUUUUCCUCUAGUCUCUCUCGCAAAAAGGAAUUAAAACUAAUUGCUGUUGCAGAUAGACGAGUUUUUUUUUUCUUAUUUUGUCAACACGAACUGUAUUUAUAACUAAGAGGUAGAAAAACUCGUUUUUUUUAUCACACACAAGUAAAAAGGAGUGAAGAGAUAUUUUUUUCUGUGAAAGAAAGAAAACAGGUUCAAUCAGGCAAAAUGACCUCAACACCACCAAAGACUGGUGAAGAUUUGCUUGGCGAAUCAUGGAUUGAAUUAAGUACUGCUGCCGCAAUGGCUGGUGUCAAGAGUCCCGAUAGAAUUACCCCAUUACCAUUUUCAUCUGGCGAAGAAUAUUUGAGACUUUUGCGUGAAGCACAAAGAGAAUCGAAUCAAUCGAGUCGUGUUGUGUCGCUUGCCAGUUCUAGACGUGAUACCCCAAGGGAUAGUCCAAAAUCACCACCAAACAGUCCAAAUACAGAACUUUGUCCUGAUGAAGAUCUCAAACAUGUAUACAUAAAUUAUUGGAGCAAAGAGGGCGAAGCGCAAAAAGACACAGAUUGGUUUGGUGAAUGGAGUAGUCGACCUGAUCAACAACCACCAAAAGAUUGGAAAUUCGAACAUCCAAAGAAGAAGAGCGCUGGCUAUUCUAUUCGUUUGACUCGUUUGGGUAAAAAUUCUCUAUUCUCUAGGGAAAUCCUUUAUUCGCUUAUAUUGAGCAAUGUCCUUUCGCUCCUUUUGGGAGCUGGUUUAGGAUUGUGGCUUAGCAAACGCGGCAUUCUCUUCACAAGAGUUGUAAUUGACUGAAUUUUUUAAAAACGAAUGAAUUAAAACAAAAAAAUUAUAUUCGAAAGAAAAAAAAUAAACAAUUUAUAAACAAAACACAUACAUUAAUAUGCAUAUUAUCAGAAAUAAUAAUAUAAUAAUAAUUAUUUACUAAAUUUUUUUUAUUAUUCUCUUUAAAAAAAAAAAAGAAAAACAAAAAAAAAAUUAUAAUUUUUUUUUAGUGAAUAAUUAUAAGGAAAGCUCGAAGGAGAAAAAGAGCAUUUGUAUGGUUCCAUGAGUAAACCGGAAAUAUCGGAUACCAACUUACAUUUCUAUUUUAUUACUUUUGAUAUAUAAAUAUAACAAUAAAUAACAAAUCGA